AUCCGCGCCGAGGCCCUCUGGCCGCCUCAGAGAGCGCCCGGGUCCGGGCAGAGAGGCGCGGGCGUUCCCGGAAGCCUCCCCAAAGUACGAGCGGCGGUGCUAAGCAGGGCCGGCUAUGCCUCCCGUCGCUGCGGUUCCCGCCGGCGACCGCGCGCCCGCGGCCUCGGGGGCACAGCCGGGCCCGGAGGAGGCCGCGCUGUGAGGCGCCGGGGCCUAGCGGCCGCCGCGGCCACACUAGACGCGCACAGGGUCCCGCGUUCUCCCGCCUUCCUCGCGCUCUGCGGCCCCUCCUAGGCCCGCUGCCUCAGCGCCGGCCGCCAUGGCCUUCGCCGCCCCGGAGAGCGCGGGCAUGGGGCGCGGGCGGCCGCCGCGGCACCUGGCGCUACGCGGGCUGCUGCUGCUCUGCUUGUGGCUGCCGAGCGUCCGCGCGUCCGGCCCGCCGUCCGCGCCGCUGUCCGAGCUGCACGCGCAGCUCUCGGGAGUGGAGCAGCUGCUGGAGGAGUUCCGCCGGCAGCUGCAGCAGGAGCGACCACAGGAGGAGCUGGAACUGGAGCUGCGCGCGGGCGGCGGGUCUCCCGAGGAGGGCUGCCCGGGCCCGGGCGGCGGCGGCUACAGCGCCAUGCCGGACGCCAUCAUCCGCACCAAGGACUCCCUGGCCGCGGGCGCCAGCUUCCUGAGCGCGCCGGCGGCUGUGCGUGACUGGCGGCAGUGCGUGGCUGCCUGCUGCUCCGAGCCGCGCUGCUCGGUGGCCGUGGUGGAGCUGCCCCGGCGGCCCGCGGCCCCCGCCGCCGCCCCCGCCGCGCUCGGCUGCUACCUCUUCAACUGCACCGCCCGCGGACGCAGCGUGUGCAAGUUCGCGCUGCACCGCGGGUACAGCAGCUACAGCCUCAGCCGCGCCCUGGACGGCGGACGGGAAGACCUGGAAGUCUCGCCGCGCACGGAAAAGGAUAAGCCCCCACUUAGCAAGGCCGGGCAGGAUGUGAUCUUGCAACUACCUACAGACGGAGUAGUUUUGGACGGCCGUGAGAGCACGGAUGACCAUGCCAUCGUCCAGUAUGAAUGGACACUCCUGCAGGGUGACCCAUCAGUGGACAUGAAGGUGCCUCAGUCAGGAACCCUCAAGCUGUCGCACUUACAAGAGGGAACAUACACCUUUCAGCUCACGGUGAUGGACACCGCCGGGCAGAGAAGCUCCGACAACGUCUCAGUGACAGUGCUCCCAGUGGCCUUCUCCACGGGAGGUGAGAGGAAGGUCCUUCCCUUGCAUUCACAGUGGCCAACCAACACCAGCUCUUCAUGGAAGGAUGGAUGCCUGAAGGUUUGCUCACGCUACCACUUCUUUUGUGACAAUGGCUGUUGCAUUGACAUCACGCUGGCUUGCGAUGGAGUGGAGCAGUGUCCUGAUGGGUCUGAUGAGGCUUUCUGCCAAAAUUUGAGCCUUGACCGGAAGAUGGUGGCCCACACAGCAACUGCCCAGCCUAGAACCACAGGACCAAGCAAAGAUGCAGCAGGAAGCUCCUUCUUGGAAAAGUCCCUGAAAGUCCCUGUCCAAAACCAGCCACCAGCGUUAUCAAACACGGAGAAGAGGAAUCAUUCCAUGUUUGGGGGACCAGAGAUUCAAACCAGUCCUGUGAUACCAGAUCGUGGUUCCUCAGGGAAGAACAGAAAAGAGGAAAAUUACAUUUUUGAGUCCAAGAGCCAUCGAGGAGGAGGAGGAGGGGAACACCCGGCCCCAGAAACAGGUGCGGUGCUGCCACUGGCCCUGGGCUUGGCCAUCACGGCUCUGCUGCUCCUCAUGGUUGCUUGCCGGCUGCGCCUGGUGAAGCAGAGACUGAAGAAAGCUCGGCCCAUCACGUCUGAGGAGUCUGACUACCUCAUCAACGGGAUGUAUCUGUGACAAAUGUCACUCGAGGAGCAGGGGGCGAGGCUGUUUUCCUCAUCAUUGAUCCGUAGAUUGGUUCUGCGUCUUUAUAACCUCUUUGAUCUGAACUGGGCUGAGAAAAAUACCGAAACCCCAGAAAAUUCUGCAAACCCCGAACCUGUUUUUAUUUAUUGUAGAAAGAGUUUCUUUGAGAAGUAAGUGAGAUGUUUGGGAAUUUAGAGAGGAAUCCAUAUGAGUAAAGACUCACGAAUCUAAUUCUGAUUUAGGUACGCUGUCCCUGAAAAUAGCAAUUUGCCCUGAGCCAAGGCAGAAAAUUUGGGUUCUUGAGGGGCGGCCUUCAAAUGACAAUGCUAACCCUUUACUGUUUAGAAGCUGACCAGUGGCCCCCAGCAGCCCUGGACCACUUCAUGCACAGCUUUCUCUUGUUUGGAGGCCUUCCUGUUCCAGUGCCCUCCUUUCUUUUCUCCCCUUCAAAACCUACUUCUGAGAAAGGAUCUCAAGUGAGUUUAGACCUCAGGCAGGAAUGUCGAAAUCGUAACCCUCGCAAACACGUCGAGGAGGUGUCAGGGCUGGUGGGGUGAGUUUAUCCCAGGGCCUCUGACCUCAGGUCCCUUGGGUGGCUGUCCCCUCAGGCUUGCCUUUGGGAGAAGACGCCCUGACUCUGGAUUACAACUAGCUGUGAUAUGGUCCUGGAGGGAGAUGGGAAACCAUGGUGGCAGCAGGCGUGGCAGGUCAAACAUUUAACAUAAACUUAGCCGAGGGCACAGUGCCAAGAGGACCAUUAAGACUUUCUCGAAUCUACUCGAAACAGCCUGAUAGUCCAGAACACAGCCACUUUAUUUAUACAGUCACUGGUUUUCAACAGGAAUCUGUGUUGAUGGAAGAGAAAAAUGCAUUCAAAUUGAAAAGCAGAACACUGGGUGGAUUUCUAGGUGCAGGUUUUGUAAAAAUGUCCCAUGUAGAAGUAUCAGCAGGUUCUUGCAUCUGGUGGAAUAGGCCAGUUUUCUCCAUCGUUUGUUUAGCACUGUAAGAUGUUAGGCCAGGCAAUCUGUUCAUGGCAGGUUCAUGUUUUCCCAGAGCAGAAAGCAGCCUUGCACAAAUUCUUCUUUACAGAAAACUGGCAUCUAACUUAGCAUCUUCUCCCUUUAGUCUGUAGGAUUUUAAAGGCGAAUUAUUCCCAUCAUCACUUCAUGCCGGGAUUAUACACAUCCUAGAAAUGCUCCUCCUGAGAGGACUCUGUUGUGUGGUGCCUGUCUACACUCCCAUAUUACUAUUUAUAUAACAUGGCUUCUUAUCAGAAGGGGCAAAUCUUCUAAAAUACUUGAAUCAAAACUGUAGAACACUUUAUUUUCAGACUGAACCUAAGGUAAGUUGUCCCUUUUGCAAAGGGCUUAAUUUGGGUCAGAAAUAUAAGAGAGUACAUUAAUAAAUGGAAAAUUAGUUCUAGAAAAAACAAAAAAAAUGAUUACUUUUAUUUCCCAAGAGGUCCAUGCAUUUUGUUGAAUGUUUAGAAUUGAGCAAAGAUUUAAUGUUCUCCUCAGGGGCAGACUGGAGAAACGACCAUGUGAAUGACCUUAGGAUAUCUGUACUCUCUGUGACGCUUUGCAGUUUGCUUUUCUAGAGAAGGGUGUCACCUAUAGCCAUACCCAAUAAAAUAAAAACUGAUAACGCAUUCAUCUUUCGGCAUAUCUUUUUAUAUAUGAAGAAAUUAAACACGGUUUAGCAUUGCUAUGGUGUUGAAAUACUUGAGAAAAGAUGUCCACCUCCAUGUGUACAAUAUCCCUUUAAUAAAUUGUAUUUUAUUCUUA